UGUGACACCCGCUCACACAGCGGAAAUAGGGCGCAGCACCAGAGCAGCUUCUCUUCUGUAAUCAUUAUUAUUCAGGUUUAAAAUGGCAGGAGCAGAAGGAGACGAUUCGCUUUAUCCCAUCGCAGUUCUCAUCGAUGAACUGAGGAAUGAAGAUGUUCAGCUGCGGUUGAACAGUAUUAAAAAGCUGUCAACUAUUGCUCUGGCUCUUGGUGUGGAGAGAACACGAACUGAACUACUGCCCUUCCUCACCGAUACAAUCUAUGAUGAAGACGAAGUUCUUCUUGCAUUGGCUGAGCAGCUUGGGAGCUUCACCCUGUUGGUUGGAGGCCCAGAGUUUGUACACUGUCUUUUGCCUCCCUUGGAGAGCUUGGCCACAGUGGAGGAAACGGUUGUGCGGGACAAGGCGGUGGAGUCUCUGCGGAAGAUCUCUCAGGAGCAUUCACCUGUAGACCUGGAGGUGCACUUUGUUCCACUGGUGAAGCGUCUGGCCAGCGGUGAUUGGUUCACCUCCCGAACAUCUGCCUGCGGUCUGUUUAGUGUCUGCUACCCCCGUGUAUCCAGCAAUGUUAAAUCAGAAAUCCGCCAACACUUCCGCACGCUCUGCUCGGAUGACACCCCUAUGGUACGCCGUGCCGCUGCCUCCAAAUUGGGCGAGUUUGCCAAGGUUCUGGAGCUGGACUAUGCCAAGAGUGACAUCAUUCCACUCUUCACAGCAUUGGCAUCUGAUGAGCAGGACUCAGUGCGACUCCUGGCGGUAGAGGCCGGCGUGAGCAUUGCUACUUUGCUGCCCCAAGAAGAUCUGGAGAGUCUGGUCAUGCCAACUCUGCGGCAGGCUGCGGAGGACAAGUCUUGGAGGGUGCGCUACAUGGUGGCCGACAAGUUCUCAGAGUUGCAAAAGGCUGUUGGCCCAGAGAUCACCAAGAACGAUCUGGUGCCAGCUUUCCAGAACUUGCUGAAAGAUUGUGAGGCAGAGGUCCGUGCUGCUGCCGCCAACAAGGUGAAAGUAUUCUGCGAAAAUUUGCCCGAGGACAGCAGGGAGACUGUUAUCAUGACUCACAUUCUGCCAUGCGUCAAGGAACUGGUGUCUGACACUAACCAGCAUGUGAAAUCUGCCCUGGCUUCUGUCAUAAUGGGUCUGUCCACCAUCUUGGGCAAGGACAACACUGUUGAACAUCUGCUGCCUCUUUUCCUGGCUCAGCUGAAGGAUGAGUGUCCUGAAGUGAGGUUGAACAUCAUCUCUAAUCUGGACUGUGUGAAUGAAGUGAUCGGGAUCCGACAGCUCUCUCAGUCUUUGCUCCCAGCUAUAGUUGAACUGGCUGAGGAUGCCAAGUGGAGGGUUCGAUUGGCCAUCAUCGAAUACAUGCCCCUGUUGGCAGGCCAACUGGGUGUGGAGUUUUUCGACGAGAAGUUGAAUACCCUCUGCAUGGCAUGGCUCGUUGAUCAUGUGUAUGCCAUUCGAGAGGCGGCAACCUGCAACCUCAUGAAGCUGGUGGAGAAGUUUGGAGCAGAAUGGGCACAGAACACCAUCGUACCCAAAGUGCUUGGCAUGGCCAAUGAUCCUAACUACCUACACAGGAUGACCACUCUCUUCUGCAUUAAUGCUUUGUCAGAAGCAUGUGGACAGGACAUCACCACCAAGCACAUGUUACCUGUAGUCCUCAAGAUGUCCAACGACCAGGUGGCCAACGUGCGCUUUAACGUGGCCAAGUGCCUGCAGAAAAUCGGACCGGUUUUGGACAGCAAUGCGUUGCAGGCAGAGGUCAAACCAGUACUGGAGAAACUAGCCACAGACCAAGAUAUGGAUGUGAAAUACUUUGCUCAGGAGGCUAUAAGUGUUCUUGCCCUGGCCUGAUAGGUUGCUUCCCAACGUCGAAAACUGACAACACAAGACUUGUUGCGUACUAUUUAUUGUUCAUUUUGAAUGGUUAUGUAUCAUCAGUGUAUUCUUGUGUUACUUUCAAAGCUAUUGAACGGAUCAAAUGACAAACUUGUUAUCUAAUAGUACCUCUCAUUCUGUUUGUAAAUCUGCCUCAAACACGCUUUUCACCGCAUGCUUGUACAGUUAACACAUCGCCCUUCAGACUUUCACCGAUCACCCCCUGUGAACCAUUUCUACACUUUCGUAUCGCACUCGAUACACUGCGUCUGCAUGCCAUAGCUUUUCUUAGAUCGACGCUCGUCCUCCGAGCAACAGAUGGUGCAAAUGCCUGUUUAUUUGCUUUAGUAAAUUUGCAAGCGCACAGCACAUUGUUUACAUGUGUUCCCUCUCCCGGGAAAAUCUCUCCCGCCUUGCUUGAACGGUUUAACUGCAGUGUCCUCUGUGUACGUGGGAUGAGUAAUGUACGUGGGGUGAGUAAUGUUCUGGUUCAACUGCGGUCUCUUGAAAUUCGCUUGAUAUAAGGAAGUCAUGGGAGUUUCAAUAAGGGAGCGUAUAAUUGAAUCAGAUGUGCUUAAACACAGGUCACGUGUCUAGAAGUACUUCUUUUAAUUCACACUAUUUGGCGUUCAUUUGAGGCCAACUCAAUAACUCUUUCGUGCCAAUGUCUAGGUGUUUUUCUGUUGGUUCAUCAGUUUGUUGUUGCGAGUUGGUUUCUCUUUUAAGAACGGAGGGCAUGUUUUACUCUUCCGUUAAAAGCAUGGAUGUGGCAUAACGCCAUCUGGAUGGCAUGGAAGAACGUUAUUUUCUGAUUGUACUGAAUUCCACUGUAUUCAUUACUACGAUCAACAUGCCCCUACUGAAUUCUGAGGAAACCCUUCGUUUAUGCUCAGUAUGAUUUUUUACUUUAUUUGGACAUUAGUGUAUAUGGGAAUUAAAAUAAAGUCUUUUGAACAACG